GGAUCAUUUAUCUGAAAUGUACAGCAGGAUCAACUUAUUACAUAGAAAUAAUGGCACAGGGACACCAAGGCAUAUGCUCUGUGUUCGUCCUCUUACUAUGCUUCUUCAGUUCAACUUUUGCACGCAGGAUUCUGAAGGAUCUCCCUAUGAUGAAGCCAAGUAAGCUAGAUCUUGACCAUGAAAUGAUGCCUGGAAUGGCUGUGCUACACCCAGAUCAUGAGGUACAUCCUGAGCACAUGGUCAAGCCUGACCAUAAACUGCAGUCCAUGUUGGGUGCAUCAGAACAUCCCGAGCACAAGGAAAAGCCUGACCAUAAACUCCAGUCCGUGUUAGGUGCAUUAGAACAUCCUGAGCACACGGUCAAGCCUAACCAUAAACUCCAGUCUAUGUUGGGUGAAUCAGAACAUCCUGAGCACAAGGUCAAGCCUGACCAUAAACUCCAGUCCAUGUUGGGAGAACAUCUUGAGCACAAGGAAAAGCCUGACCAUAAACUCCAGUCCAUGUCGGGUGUAUCAGAACAUCCUGAGCACAAGGUCAAGCCUGACCAUAAACUCCAGUCUUUGUUAGGUGAAUCAGAACAUCCUGAGCACAAGGUCAAGCCUGACCAUAAACUGCAGUCCAUGUCUGGUGAAUCAAAACAUCCUGCGCACAAAAUCAAGCCUGAUCAGAUAAUGCAGACCAUGGCGAGUGAACUGGAAGAGGAAGAUCCAGACCACACAACUAAGCCUAUGGGAUAUGGUGUAGGUAGGGGCUACGGAAGUGGUGGGUCUGGGAGUGGCUUUGGGGAAGGAACUGGCUCUAGUGGAGGCAUUGGCUUUGGAGAAGGUAUUGGCUCUAGUGGAGGCAGUGGCUUUGGAGAAGGUAUUGGCUCUAGUGGAGGCAGUGGCUUUGGAGAAGGAAUUGGGUCUAGUGGUGGCAGCGGCUUUGGUGAAGGAAUUGGGUCUGGUGGUGGUACAGGUAUUGGCAUUGGAGAAGGAAUAGGAUCCGGGUCUGGCCAACCCAAUUGCGGUCCAGUCACGGGAGCUCCAGGCGAAGGGAUUGGUAUCGGAAUAGGACAGGGCUCUAGUGGUGGACCCGGUGUAGUUGUCCCAGGCGCAACAAUCCCUCCCAUAGUAGUUCCAGGCGCACAGAUUCCCGGUUUUACGAUUCCAGGUAUCACAGUUCCUGGCUACGGUUCUGGGUGCCAAACAGGUGGUUGCAAUCCGUACCCACCACACUACUAUAACCCACCAAGCUGUCCACAUUGUCCACCUUUCACAUCAGGAGAAGACAAGCACAUGUCAGACAAAGGAGCAAUGACGGAAGCUCUUGCACCCACUACACCGGAGAUGCAUGUUUAAGUGUCCAUGAAACACGAGUCUAAUAAAUCUCACUCAUAAUGAAAUCUAUUUUGGUUUGGUAAAAGCUUCACAUAAAGUUGAAUAAGACAACUUUCUUGCCCAAGUAGAAAGUUAAAUAAGGGAAAGUUAUUUAAGAAUAAGUAAGUACUCCAGAGACAAAGAUUGAGAAUUAGGCAGCUGGUAAUUGCAUUUCCAUGGCUGUAUCUGUAUGACUGACAAAUGAGUUUUAAAAACCGGUCCACAAAUCAAGUAAAGCUCUACUUUAAUGGAAAAUACGAACUUUAAUCA